CCAGACGACAAAAGGUUUGCAAGCACACGACACGACACCGUUUCACCUCUCUUCUCCCAUCCUCGUAUCUAAGUUCUCGAAGUUGAAAACCCUCUUCCAGUGUUGUUCGAUCUCCCCAUUUUCCAAAUUCACGCGCUCCUGAACUUCUUACUCGCUUUCACGGAAACCCUACUCUCUUUCUACAUAUAUAUACCAUAUACGUAGCACUGACAUAGACGGACCCCAGUGGAGUUGGACCGGACAAUGUGACCCGGGGAUGAGCAGAACCGGGGAAGACGACGACGACGAAGAGGGCUUCCACGACUCCCUCGACCGCCUCCUGUCUUCCUCAAACACUUCCUGUUCCUGCUCCCGUUCCAGCUCGGAAGACGAGGAUCCGAACUGCAAUUACAGCCCCGAGCCAGUGCCCAGGUUCCCCAUGGGCUUGUCUAAUAAAUACGAUGUAUGGAUCACCCAACCGUCUUCGGUUGAGGAACGCCGCCUCCAUCUCCUCCGACAAAUGGGCCUCACUAAAGAUCCCUCCCUCCUGCGCCACCGCCCCUCCUUGUCAUCUUCCGGUUGUUCUCGUGACUUAUUUAACCGAUCGGCCUCUUCGGAUCACUUAAGCACCAGUGAGAGCUCUUCCAAUAUUCAUAAUAAUUCGUUGACCCUUAAUAAUAUUAAUAGUAAUUAUGAUAGUGGUGGUAAUACUAAUGGGACAUUAUCCGGGAUUGUAAGAUCUAAAUCGGACGGGGACAGUAAUUCUUGCAAGAGUUUGGAGUUUUGCAUAAUCAAUUCGAAUUCCUCUUCACCAGGCAAGGAGGGGAUUGUUGGAACUGGUUUCCCUGUAAAGACUGAUAAUCAGAACAACAGGCAAAGCCAUUCUGAUGUUGAGAAAUCUAGAAUUGGCAAUGGAUCACCAAUGAUCAGUGCCAAAACUAAGAAUAAGCCGCCCAAAAGAGAGAUUAGAGAAGAUUCAACGUGCAAUGGUAACUUUAGUAGUUCAUUGACCAUUCCAAGGAAAGGCGAGUCUGAUGACGGUUUGGUGUGUAAUAAGUCAAAUACUGUCAAUGGGGUGUGUACAAUAAAAAAUCUGGAUAACGGGAAGGAGUUUGUGGUGAAGGAGGUGAGGGAAGAUGGGAUGUGGAAAAAGAUCAAGGAAGUGGGGACGGGGCGGCACUUGACCAUGGAAGAGUUCUCUUCUGAGAUGUGUGUCGGGACUUCGCCUAUUGUGCAGGAGUUGAUGAGGAGGCAGAAUGUAGAGGAUGGGAUCAAUGAUGGUUUGGAUUCAAAUGCAGAUGGGAACUGUGAGACUGGAUGUAAGUUAAAGAAAAGAGGGAAUUGGUUGAAGAGUAUAAAAAAUAUGGCAAGUUCUGUUACAGGGCAAAAGGAGAGGCGGAGUAGCGAUGAGAGAGAUACAUCAUCAGAGAAGGGUGGGAGGAGGUCGAGCUCUGCUACAGAUGAUAGUCAGGAUGUUUCCUUUCAUGUGCCUGAAAGAGUUCGGGUCAGGCAGUAUGGGAAAUCUGUUAAAGAGCUUACAGCGUUAUACAAAAGCCAGGACAUACAGGCUCACAGGGGGUCGAUUUGGACAAUUAAGUUUAGUUUGGAUGGCAAGUAUCUUGCUACGGCUGGAGAGGACUGCGUGAUUCAUGUGUGGGAGGUUGUUGAAUCAGAGAGGAAGGGAGAUUUGUUGGUGGAGAAAAUCGAAGAUGGAAAUUUCAAUCUUCAGUUUUUGGCCAAUGGAUCACCAGAGCCCUCUUCAAUGGCACCAAAUUCGGACAGUUACUCAGAGAAAAAGAGACUAGGGAAGUCAUCCAUAAGCCGAAAAUCAGUGAGCCUUGAACAGAUUUUGGUGCCAGAGACAGUGUUUGCCCUCUUGGAGAAACCCAUCUGUUCAUUUCAAGGACAUCUGAAUGAUGUACUGGACCUCUCGUGGUCCAAGUCUCAGGUUAGCUUGAUCUUUGCCUUAUUUUUCUAUUGUUCUUCAUAUGACAUUUUAGCCGAGUUUUUUCAGUCCAUGUAUAGAAUACUGCCUUUGUGGGCAUUCUCUCUGGUUUAUUUAGCAGCUUUUAACCUCAUGAGAUUUGUUGAUAGAAUUGUUAGUGCUAGUGAUGUCAAGAGGGAAGAAAGUGCAACAGCAUCAAUAGAUCAGGAAAUGGUGUCGGCGGCGAUGAUAUUCGAUGAUGGCUUCUUGAGACGACUAGUGGUUGCAAUAGAUUAUAGAGUGAAAUCCACGGCCCUGGAAGAGCAGGGGUAUUAUUCCCUUUUUGCCCCCUCUAUUUUUCCUGAGAGAGAAGCGAAGAGAUCUGGAUCUGGGAACUGGGUAUCAAAUUGA